CUCUCCCAGGGCAAGCAAGCAAGCAAGAGAAGGGUUGUAUUUCGCGUUUUGGGGCGUUCUGACAAUGAGUUGCUGAUAGCAUUCAUAUGUCUCAGCCCAGCAAAAAGCGCUCUGCCUACGAUACCACCUCCACCACUAAAGGAACCACCAGCGUCGGCGGCGUAAGCAGCGCCGGAGGAGGAGGAGGAGGAGCAACAGCAGAAGGUACUCAUUUUCGGUCCAUGAAGAAGGCCAAAUCCCAGGCCGUCGCUUCUUCGAACCUCGACAACAAUAAACAAACCACUCUUCACUUCGAUGCCGCCUCCGAUUCUGAAGACCCUUCUUCCAUAAUUGAGGAUCCCGCAACCAUGGACUCUUCUUCCGCUAUCGGACGAACAACAACAACUGCCGGCGUUACCUCUAAUUUAUCUCGCAAGAAGGCCACCCCUCCUCAACCCGCUAAGAAGCUAGUUAUCAAGCUUUUGAAAGCUAAACCUAUACUUCCGACCAACUUCGAAGAGAACACAUGGGCAACUCUUAAGUGUGCCAUUAGUGCUAUAUUUCUGAAGCAACCUGAUUCCUGUGACUUGGAGAAGCUUUAUCAGGCUGUUAAUGAUCUUUGCCUUCACAAGAUGGGAGGAAGCCUCUAUCAGCGGAUUGAGAAAGAAUGUGAAUCGCACAUAUCUUCUGCUCUACAAUCUUUGGUGGGACGAAGUGAAGAUUCAAGUGUUUUCUUAUCACUUGUAGAGAAAUGCUGGCAGGACUUCUGCGACCAAAUGCUGAUGAUUCGUAGUAUAGCUUUGUAUCUCGAUAGAACAUAUGUCAAACAAACCCCAAGUAUUCGUUCACUGUGGGACAUGGGCUUGCAACUUUUCCGUAAACAUCUUUUUCUAGCCUCGGAGGUUGAACACAAAACAGUAUUUGGACUUCUAAAAAUGAUUGAUAGCGAAAGACAUGGAGAAGCAGUUGAUAAAACCCUCCUCAACCAUCUUUUGAAGAUGUUCACAGCCUUAGGAGUCUAUUCAGAAAGCUUUGAGAAACCAUUCCUUGAGAGCACAUCUGAAUUUUAUGCAGCUGAAGGUGCACAGUACAUGCAGCAAUCCGAUGUUCCAGAUUACUUGAAGCAUGUAGAGAUGAGGCUGCAAGAAGAACAUGAACGAUGUUUACUUUACCUUGAUGCCAGUACAAGAAAGCCAUUGGUAGCAACUGCAGAAAGACAACUCCUUGAACGCCAUAUAUCUGCAAUUCUUGAUAAGGGUUUUAUGUUGCUGAUGGAUGGUAAACGUAUUGAGGAUUUAAAAAGAAUGUACAUGCUUUUUUCAAGGGUAAAUGCCCUUGAAUCGCUGAGGCAAGGAAUUAGUUCAUACAUUCGUAAGGCCGGUCAAAGCAUGGUCAUGGAUGAUGAAAAAGACAAAGAUAUGGUUUUUUGUCUCUUAGAAUUUAAGGCAUCUCUUGACACAAUAUGGGAGGAAAGUUUUGCCAAGAAUGAUGCUUUCUGCAACACUAUAAAGGAUGCAUUUGAACAUCUGAUUAAUCUCCGACAGAAUCGACCUGCUGAGCUAAUUGCCAAGUUUCUGGAUGAGAAACUUCGUGCUGGAAAUAAGGGUACAUCUGAAGAAGAAUUGGAGGGCAUGCUUGACAAAGUGUUGGUUCUCUUUAGGUUUAUACAAGGUAAGGAUGUGUUUGAAGCAUUUUACAAGAAGGAUCUUGCCAAAAGACUUCUGUUGGGUAAGAGUGCUUCUAUUGAUGCCGAGAAGUCCAUGAUAUCUAAGUUAAAAACAGAGUGUGGCAGUCAGUUUACCAACAAACUUGAGGGGAUGUUCAAGGAUAUUGAAUUGUCAAAAGAGAUAAAUGAAUCAUUUAAGCAAUCUUCUCAAGCCAGGACAAAACUUCCUUCAGGAAUCGAGAUGAGUGUUCAUGUAUUGACAACUGGUUAUUGGCCAACGUAUCCACCAAUGGAUGUUCGGCUUCCUAGGGAGCUGAAUGUUUAUCAGGACAUCUUCAGAGAAUUCUAUCUGAGUAAGUAUAGUGGGAGAAGGUUGAUGUGGCAAAAUUCGUUAGGUCAAUGCGUCCUAAAAGCUAAUUACCCUAAAGGAAGAAAGGAGCUGGCCGUUUCUCUAUUUCAGACUGUUGUCUUGAUGCUUUUCAACGAUGCUGAAAAUCUAAGCCUCCAAGAUAUUAAGGAUGCUUCUGGCAUUGAGGAUAAGGAGCUUAGGAGAACUCUGCAGUCUCUUGCAUGUGGAAAAGUUCGUGUCCUUCUGAAGACUCCAAAAGGAAGAGAUGUUGAAGAUGAUGACUCGUUUGCAUUUAAUGAUGCGUUUACUGCUCCACUUUAUCGUAUAAAGGUUAAUGCUAUACAAAUGAAGGAAACAGUGGAAGAGAACACGAGUACUACUGAGAGAGUGUUUCAGGAUCGCCAAUAUCAGGUCGAUGCAGCCAUUGUUAGAAUAAUGAAGACGAGAAAGGUUUUGAGUCACACCCUAUUGAUAACCGAACUCUUCCAACAGCUGAAGUUCCCAAUAAAACCGACUGACUUGAAGAAGAGGAUCGAGAGCCUGAUCGACAGGGAGUACCUUGAGCGAGACAAGAACAAUCCACAAAUAUAUAACUAUCUUGCCUGAAUCAUCGUGUCUUUUGUUUUCGUUUUCUUUACACAACAUUUCAUUACAUAUUUUCUUCAAUGUAAAAAGGGUGCGGCGGGAAAUCACUGCUUGUGCCUUCUUCAUGAGAUGUAUGAAAGUUGUCGUGUUUCAAAUCUUAUUACUGUAUAGCGACGACGAAGAAGAAGACUCACUACUUUUUGCAGGUUUUUCUACUACUAUUGAUACUAUUGUUUUUCAAA